AUGACGUCAUUUAUCAUCGUUCGCGACGUCGCCAUUCGCGUCGCCAUGUGUGUCGCCGCGACACUCGGAGGAGCAACCGACAACGAGGCAGGAAUCGUCGUUUCAGCAGGCCAAGAACCAGCAGGAGCAAAGUUGAUCGGUCAGCGUGUCGGAGCUAGAGCGUUCGUGAAAGGUGGCAAAUCCGGUUUUGUCAAUCUGAAACAGAAAAGAUUGUUCGAGGGUCCCGAACAAACCGAUGAACGUAGUGGUGGAACCACAUUGGCAAGAGCAGUUCAGUGCGACGUUUGGAAAAUCGCUGUGAAACUCGAGCCGGUUUACGGUGCCUUCUGCGGAGCAUCGCAGAUAACCGAGCCAGUCAACAGAAUUGAUGGUAGCUUUGCAAAUGGCAUUGUCUUGUACAGCUCGGAAACGAUGUUGGUCAGCGGUGAGGUGCAACGUUACGACACUGGAACUAGUCAUCCUUGA